AUGGCAGUCCCAGCAUCUUUACCGACCCUACUGGACUCCUUAACAAACUCGUUAAAUUCAGCAUUCGAGGCCACUCCUAAAAUAUCCGGCAUCGAACCAACCAAGGACGGAGUAUCCCUCCUCGACGUCAAAAACGAGCUUCUACUCUCCUACCUACAAAACCUUGUUUUCUUAAUUUUACUUAAGAUAAGGAAUGCAAAAGAAACCGGCUCGGAGGAACUAGAAGAGCCGAACGAAUCUGACCUCUCGGAGACCGUUGUGAAAAAGUUGGUUGAAUUACGACUAUAUCUUGAUAAGGGAGUUCGACCCCUCGAGGAGAAAUUGCAAUUCCAGCUUGAUAAGAUAUUGCGCGCAGCUGAUGAUGCUGAGCGCAUUGCUGCCCAGGCGUUAGAAGAUGUCAAUUCAGAGUCAGAGUCAGGUGAAGAUGAUGAUGAAGAUGCUUCCGAAAACGAGGCCCCCGUCCGACCUACAGUUGGUCUCUCAGCCAAGCAGUUUGGUCCCAGCUUCAACAACUUUGCGCCACCUUCAAAUCCUGUAGGAAUGGCCGCCAUUACAGCGACAGAAGACAAGACAGGUGCAUACCGCCCGCCCAAGAUCACACCGACCGUUAUGCCCACAGCCGAGCGGAGGGAACGGCGUGAGCGCAGACCCAUGAAGUCUGCCGCCGUCGAUGAGUAUGUCGCGAACGAGCUAUCGCAUAUACCAAUUGCAGAACCGAGCAUUGGAACGACGAUCGUGUCCGGCGGCAGAAAGAUGAAGACCACCUCUGAGCGCCAGGAAGAGAACCGCAAACGUGAAUAUGAAGAGUCCAACUACGUGCGUUUGCCGAAGGAGAGCAAGAAAGACCGCGCCAAGCGUACCAAGACCGAGGGACGCAGCGCAAAGAUGAACUUUGGUGGUGAAGACUGGUGGGAUCUUGGCGAGGGCGUGGACCGAAUCGAGAGAUUGACCAAACGUAGAGAAGGCGGCAGUAGCACCAAGGCUCUACUCGAAAAGAGUCGUAAGAGAACCAGAGAGACAGUCGAUAGCGCCCGUGGAAGUGGCCAUGCCAUUGGGACUCGGGAGCUAGGGAUAGGCGAAAGAUUUAAUAAACGUCUCAAGGUGAUGGAGGGUGGACGCAGAGACCGAGGCAAACGUUAA